UAACUCAGUGAAAUAUAAAUAAUGUAAGUUAUAUAUAUCUCGAUUAUUUUCGAAAGGGUAUACAGAAGUCGCCAGCGUGAGAAUGCCACUUUAUUAUGUUCCAACUUGUUUUCCGUUUCGUCAUUUUAUUUUAACAACAAAUAUUACAUUUGCGCCAUGUUUCCUGCUUGUUUUUCGGCUUUCGCUUAUUAAAUGUGGCGUGCACGUGUUGGUAAACUGAGGCACACAGACGUUGCCACUCACACUCGCGCAGACAGUCGCCACACCAACACAGGCGCAGCUUGGAGUCGCACAGACACGCUCGGCAGACAAUGUGAUUCCGCCGUUAAUAUUAACGUUACAGGAGCAACAACAAAACGCUCAUCAAACAUGCGACGUUUAGUAGGCGCACAUACACACACACAGUCUACACACACGCUUAUAAAAAAGGACAAAUGCCUUCUCGUCUGUGUGUGUGAGAGUGAGCGAGAGCGCUGUCGGCCAUUUCCUUUCGUCUUUCGCCUCUUUCCGGUGCGUUGAAUGUUUCGCUUUCCGUUUUCGUUCGCUGCUUCUUUUUUCUUUUUCCACUUUUUUUUGGUGUCUUUCAGUUGGCGUCGAGCGUUUCCUUAAGGCAAACGCAGCUUUGAUUUUCCUUCCGCGUGUGCUGCUCCGCAAAAGGAAAUAGAUUUCAAAAAUAUUAGAAUAUUCGCGCGUGUGUUUUUCGAUCACUGAUAUUCGGUGAUAAUGGCUUUGGUGGCCCAUCGGAUGAUGUUGCCUGCGCGGCAUCGACGUAACACCACCCAGCAGGUGGCCCGCAACAAGGUGGGCGUGCUGCUGGUUCCCAGUGUGGCGGAUUACUACGGCGCGGAGAUGGCACCCGGCGUGGCCACGCCUCUGCCCACUCCGGCCGCCUCCCAGCUGCACCUGCCACAGGAUGCGGCAGAAGCAUCGGGCGAUGGCAGCGGCUCAAAAGUGAGUGCAACAAGUCGGUGCAACGACACACAUUCUGUUGGCUGUGCAUGGGAAUGGAAGGAAUUUCCACCGGGGAUUUCCACCAAAAUAGCAGCUUCGUUUUCUUGUUUUUCCUUCUUGUUUUCGCCUUCCUUUUUUUUUGGCUCCGACUGGCGCCAGCUUUAUUUGGUCAAAUGUGUGCUGUGCGAUUUUGGGGCAUAGUUGUGUUGUUCUUGGUCAUG